ACUCGAACUACUCGGCCCAUUCCAAUAUAGAAAGGAUCCGGAUAAGGCAAUUCUCCCAUAACGAGAAUCACACAGGAUACAAUAGGAAUCGGAUAGAUAGAAGAAACAGCUCCUAAAAAACUCACAAAAAUCUGCGGAAAAAAGAUAAGCAUCGAGAAUGUCUGUGUCCGCCAUAUUUGGGACGAGAAUUGCUUUGGCUCCACCAGUCGGAAUCAAUGGAGGUGGUGGAAAAUCGGUGAAAUUGCAACCAUCAAGCGGCGGUGUAGUGAUAGAAUGUUCAUCAAGGCCACAGAAGAAAGCAACAGCUCACCAUAUGAAGUCAAGACCGAAGAAGACGCAGCCAUGGGAUAUACGACGUCGUCCUACUGUGUAUCCUCCACUUCCUCCCCUUCCUCCGGAUUGGACUUUCGUAUCUGCCGGCUCUGAUGAAGCUGAUUCUUCUUCGACUGCUGAUUCUAGUGCUCCUUCUACUGAGUAAUUUUUGUGUUUAUUGUUGAUUUUUGAGUGUGCGUAUUAAUUGUUUGAUGAAAUGUUUUGUGUAAUGUUUGUUUUUGUUUUGCUAAAUGGAUGUCUUUGUAUUUUCAGAGAUUUCAUCACUACUUUUUCUAGAAUGUUGGUGAUUGCUGUAUUGUGUUUUGUUAUGUAUUUUGGUGUUUGUUGCAGUUUGUAUAAGUUUUAAUGGUGUGAUAUUGAUGCUCUUUUCAUUAGUA